AUGAGUUCAGAUGAUGAACAAGUCCCACAAAACAUCCUGAUGAUGUUGACUCGAAACUUUCAACAUCUCAUUUCCGAUGAUGUUGAAGAAUUAGCAAUGCAGCUGUUUGAGCUUGAUGUUCAAGAUGAGGCUGAUUCACAAGAGGGAAGUUCUUUUAGACAGAAGGGCAAACAGAAAUACAUAAACAGAGGCCGAAAGGAUGGAGAUGCCCGUUUGUGGAAUGAUUACUUUGCUCCAGAGCCGGUCUUUCACAUUCAACGAUUGCUACAACUGCAUUCUGAAAAACAUGGGUUUGUCGGAAUGCUUGGAAGCAUAGAUUGUAUGCAUUGGGGUUGGAGAAACUGCCCAACGGCUUGGAAAGGACAAUACACUCAAGGUGAUCAUGGCCAUCCAACCAUUAUGCUAGAGGCUGUGGCAUCACACGACCUUUGGAUUUGGCAUGUAUUCUUUGGAAUGGCAGGUUCAAACAAUGAUAUCAAUGUUCUUAAUCAAUCACUAGUAUUCAAUCAAAUCUUAGAAGGGAAUGCACCACAGUGCAACUUUAUUGUGAAUGGGAAUGAGUACACGCAAGGAUACUAUCUUGCAGAUGGCAUUUACCCAGAAUGGUCAACACUAGUAAAGAGUUUCGUUUAUCCUCCAAACAAUAAUCUUAAAACGCAAUACUUUAAGCGACGACAGGAGUCUUGUAGAAAGGAUGUUGAAAGAGCAUUUGGUGUCCUCCAAGCAAGGUGGGCAAUGAUACGAGGCCCUGGAAGAUCUACAAGCAUACCAGUGUUAGGUGAUAUAAUGCAUGCAUGUAUCAUUCUACAUAAUAUGAUUGUAGAAGAUGAAGGUCAUACGAUAACUAUACGAUAA